GAGAAAGAAACAGCAUAUGCUGAUACCUACCUACCUGUCUUGGUAGAGGAAAGACAACAACAACAACCAAAAAAAAAAAACCCUAAACGGGAUGUUGCUUCAGACUCAAGUUAUUCUCCUGCAGUUCUUGUUCUUGAUUCUUGGGUUAGAGUCUGCAUCAACGGGAGGAUUGGCCUUACCCGGAUGCUCGGAUAAAUGUGGAAACAUCAGUAUCCCUUACCCGUUUGGGAUAGGCCGUGGAUGCUACCUGGGAGAUGCUUACGCCGUCGAAUGCCACGCCCCGAACCUCCUACUUCUUUGGGAAAGUAGAGUCUCGGUGCUUAACUUGACGCUUGAGGGCUAUAUCCGCUUGGCCUUAAACGUGUCCUACAAGUGCAGAGACUUGAAGAGCAACAACUCCGAGAGUUCCGAGCCCUCGUACAGUUUUACCCGGUUUGCCAUCUCGCCAACCAGUAACAAACUAACUGGAGUUGGUUGUGGCGGUUUCGUAACUAUGAUGGAUAUGGACAAUAUGCAAAAUCAGUUCAGUUGUGCCACGAUGACUAAUCAGAGCCACGGCAUGAUAGACGGUAAAUGCAACGGUUAUGACUGUUGCCAGCUCCCAAUAUCUGGGAACAUUUCACGGUUCCUAAUACAAACAACUAUACCAAGUAACCCUGACUGCGCACCAUGGCCAAUUUCUUGCCACUAUGCAUUUCUGGUUGAAGAUGAAGGCUAUGAGUUCAGGUCCUCAGAUCUUCUUGUCUUGAGGGAAAGCAGAGAGCGUCCGGUGCUAUUUAACUGCUUGAUGCUCAUUUCAUUUAUGGACAUCUUAUUUAUAUUCUCCAUGGUCUUCAUAUUCUUUAACUUCUUGCGCAAGUGCAACAAUAUUCUAACACCCGGGUAUCUCUGUAAUUGUACCGAAGGUUACCAAGGCAAUCCUUACCUCAAGAACGGCUGCCAAGGUACAUGUCAUCCCUUUAUCAUUUUCUUAGUGUAUUCUCUCAAUUCUCUAUCUACAUAACUGACAUGAGCUAGUUGUAC